UAAAGGUAAGACCAAACCGAAGAGUAUAUUUGUCUGAAGACUGGAGAUGCCUGGAUUAUAUGAGAAGCUGAUUUGGGUGGCAGCGGUGGCUCUGGCUGUCUUGGCCGUGGUGAGGUCGUCCCCCGUGGUGGGACCGGAGCCCAUCCGCUGUGCCCCCUGCUCACAGGAGAGACUCAACGACUGUCCUGCCAUCCCUGUGGACUGCAGGCAGGUGCUAAGGGAGCCGGGAUGUGGCUGCUGCAUGGCCUGCGCUCUGGAGAAGGGGGCGUCCUGCGGGGUCCACACGGCCCACUGUGGAGAGGGUCUCCGCUGCUCCCCGAGGCCCGAUGAGGCCAUGCCGCUCCACGCUCUGACCAGAGGACAGGGGGUCUGCACUGAGGAUCAAGGGGAAGGUGAUGUCCCUGACCAUGGCUCCCUGCACUACCUGCUGGGUCUUAACCUUCCCUUGGACCAGGACACUGCUGAGAGCCAAGAGAGCAUCACGGCCAGGGUCAAUGCCAUCCGUAACAAACUGGAUCAACAGGGUCCCUGUCAUAUUGAACUGCAUGCAGCCCUGGACAUGAUUUCCAGCUCUCAGCAGAAACUAGGAGAGAGGUUCACAACUUUCUACCUCCCCAACUGUGAUAAGCAUGGCUUCUACAAAUCCAAGCAGUGUGAGUCAUCCCUGGUCGGACCGCCCGCUCGCUGCUGGUGUGUCUCUUCCUGGAAUGGGAAGAAGCUCCCAGGAACCAGUGACCUGCUGGCUGACUCAUCAGAGUGUCACCAAGAAGUCACCCACUAAAUGAUAGACUCUGUUAUCAUCCAUAAAAUCACUUACGAACACAAAUAGACAUAAGGAAACAUGUUUCAUCAAGUGAAAGUGUCAAUUUACUGAUGAAGUGACUUCCUUUCAUAAAACACACUCAUUCACACUAAAUGUAAGAAAAAGCUAUUUCAGAGGGGGAAAUUUCCUCUCAUUUUAUUUAAAUGAUCUAUGUAUCAAGACUUAUUUAUUCUUACAAGCAUUAACCAUUUUGUCAUUUUUAGAUUUUUUAUAUGUUUGCCCAUUUUUUUUUUGCGAUUGUAAAUAGGGCAACACUGUAUACAUUUGUGUUUCUAACUAAAUAACUCCAUUGCUCAAAACCACAGGUCAACAGCCCUGCCAAGCCCAUUUCAGAGUCUUCAGGAUCAGUUUCUUCUUUUAUAAUUCAUUCAAAACUGGAGCUGUGCGCGGCAAGAAACAACACAGCCGCUCAUUCAUUCAACGUGUUGACAUUGUCUGAAUGUAUCUCCAUUGGCUUUUCCUCAAUGGGUAUUGGGGGAAAUACUUAAAGUGCCACAAGUAUGCACAUGGAGGCCAAGCACAAACAUAUCAGGGCUCAUCCAAGCCACCAUGAGGUUGGGAUGGGUUGUUCUGCAUUUCUCUACCUCUACUAGUCUCUGCAGGUCCACAGGUUUAGCAGAAGAUUUCUGAGGGAUUUUUUCUCAGCUACACAUUCCUCACCUGGUUUUUAUUUCUUUCCAUCAUCUAUUCAAGUAUUUAUUAUGAUUCACUUCAGUGUUCAGAGCGCAUGUGCACUGAACCACAUUGUUUGUGAAUGCUAUUUGCCAGAAAUGCUGCUAUUCCAUUAUGGGUUUUGUAGAAACAAUGUAUAUACUAUUAUAAUUCUUUGGAUGUGCACCUAAUUAAAUGUUAUUUAAUCACGAU